CACAGGCUGGAGUUUCUUUGCGGAUAGUUUUUAAGAGACACUUCCGCUGCAGAAGAAGAAGCCGCGGAUUUUGCGUAGCUAGCUAGUUAACCCGCUAAACAACGGAUGAUCACAAUAUAGUUUUUUUUGUCAUUGAAUGAUAAUGAUACGGUUUGUAUUAUAAAGGGAGCAUCAGGACAAUCAUAAUGAAUCUUGACCGACUUAGAAAACGUGUACGGCACUACAUUGAUCAGCAACAGUAUCAAAGUGCCCUAUUUUGGGCAGAUAAGAUUGCAUCCCUGUCCCAUGAAGACCCCCAGGAUAUCUACUGGCUAGCACAGUGCCUUUAUCUAACCUCCCAGUACCACAGAGCAUCCCAUGCCCUGCGGUCACGCAAACUAGAUAAGUUAUACGCCGCCUGUCAAUAUCUCGCUGCUAGAUGCCAUUAUGCUGCAAAAGAGUUCCAGCAGGCCUUGGACAUCCUGGACAUGGAGGAGCCAGCCAGCAAAAAGCUGCUUGACCGAAAUGUCAAAGAAGACCAUGGGAUACUAGAUUCGUCCAAGGACUGGGAAAUGAGCCCUGCCUCUAUCAACAGCUCCAUCUGUCUUUUGCGAGGCAAGAUCUAUGACGCCAUGGAUAACCGGCCUCUGGCCACUUCCAGCUACAAAGAGGCCUUGAAACUGGACGUGUACUGCUUUGAAGCUUUCGACCUUCUAACAUCCCACCACAUGCUGACUGCCCAGGAAGAAAAGGAUUUCCUUGACUCCCUUCCACUCAGCCAACAGUGCAACGAGGAAGAAGAUGAAUUACUUCACUUCCUGUUUGAGAACAAGUUGAAAAAGUACAACAAACCCAGUGAUAUGGUGAUCCCAGAGAUGGUCAAUGGUCUCGCUGACAACUUGGAUGUCGUGGUCUCACUUGCAGAGAGGCAUUAUUACAACUGUGACUUUAAAAUGUGCUACAAACUCACUUCUAUGGUGAUGGUGAAGGACCCAUUCCAUGCCAACUGUUUACCAGUUCAUAUAGGAACCCUGGUGGAGCUCAGCAAAGCGAAUGAACUGUUUUACCUUUCCCACAAGCUUGUGGACUUGUAUCCCAACAACCCAGUGUCUUGGUUUGCGGUGGGAUGCUACUAUCUAAUGGUUGGUCACAAAAAUGAACACGCCCGUAGAUAUCUCAGCAAAGCGACCACACUGGAGCGAACUUACGGUCCCGCGUGGAUCGCAUACGGUCACUCUUUUGCUGUGGAAAGUGAACACGAUCAGGCAAUGGCUGCAUACUUUACUGCGGCCCAGCUGAUGAAGGGAUGCCAUCUCCCCAUGUUGUAUAUAGGGCUGGAGUAUGGCCUUACAAACAACUCCAAACUGGCUGAGCGUUUCUUCAGUCAGGCCCUGAGCAUCGCCCCAGAAGACCCCUUUGUAAUGCAUGAGGUGGCUGUGGUCGCCUUCCAGAAUGGAGACUGGAAAAGUGCCGAGAAGUUGUUCCUGGAUGCCAUGGACAAGAUAAAAGCCAUUGGGAAUGAGGUUACAGUCGACAAGUGGGAACCUCUCCUAAACAACCUGGGUCAUGUUUGUCGAAAACUUAAGAAGUAUGACCAGGCAUUGGAAUACCACCGCCAGGCCCUGGUUCUCAUUCCCCAGCAUGCGUCAACCUACUCCGCAAUCGGAUAUGUGCACAGCCUCAUGGGAGAUUUUGAAAGCGCCAUUGACUACUUUCACACGGCACUCGGUCUUAAGAGAGAUGACACAUUUUCUGUGACAAUGCUCGGCCACUGCAUUGAGAUGUACAUUGGAGACACAGAUGCCUACAUAGGUAAAACAUCCUACAUAGGGACUGACAUAAAGGACAAAGUCCGCAGUACACUGAGCACACCGGCGUUGAUGAAGAUGCUGAAUACGUCGGCAGAACCCAGUGACACUCGAGCUGCGCCGCUCCUGGAGGAUAGCACCGUAAUGGCUCUGGAGACGCUCCCGUCCAAUCAGGACAAAACCUUGCUGGACACACCCCUGCGUCGCACGCUUCCCCUUGAGUGUGACAUGUAUGAGAGUGACAUGAUGCUCGAGACGUCAAUGUCCGACACCAGCGCGUGAUGUCGAGGUUCAUGCCAGGAUUAUUGUAUUGACUGGUUGCCUGGUUCUGUCUUCAGGACCAAUUAUAAACCAGACUGCUGGCACUUAUUAAAAGGUAUCUUGUCAACUUCACAAAUUACUGGAUUGGAGUAGCCUAUGCAAUGGGAAAGGCAAAUAGUUGAGGACUAAGUAUAUUAACAAAGUUAAGGCAGAACUUUGACCAUCACAACUUUUAGAUUCUGAAGUUGACUGGGCAGGGGAUGAGGGAUUGGUUUGGACGUGGACCUUUGGUGACGACAAUGGAGAAAUUGGGGGAAGUAUAGACACGGUCCCCUGAUGUUUUACUAAUUUGAAUGAAUGCUGCUGCUACAUCUGUGAACACCAAUCAACUGACGGUGCCCCUUAACCUGAAGCAGGAACAGGUGUUCCUUACCUGUGGAUUUUUACUUUGAAUUAACAAACCUGGCUGAGUGCAGUUUUGAUUAUAUGAAUGGUGGUAGUUCCUAAAAUAAACCAUACAGUUGUCUUUUUA